AGGAGAAGGGAAAGAAUGAAAGAGAGGACGACGCCGUCUGGGGAUCCGCCGCCGUCGCCAUCGUCGUCGAGCGCUAGUGAGAGAGAGAGCUCGAGGAUGAGAGGAAACGCGAUGGAGGAGAGAAAAAGGAGGUGCUCCGUCGCCGCUGAAGCUCCACCACCACUGCUAGGGCUUGUUCCAGUCGCCGUUCUGCCACCGUCGGGUUUCUGUGCCCCCACCGAGGAGAUCAAAGGGAGGAAGGAGGGAUGUAUCGCCGCCUUCGUGCUCUGUCGCGGCGCUGCCGUCGAUUGGAGCUCGCCGCUGAGCUGCUGCACCAUCUCCAAGCCGUUGCGUCGCCGCUCAUCUCUUCACUGUCACUGCUCAACACCAUCGUCGUAUCCUCUGUCACCAGUUCGAAGGUGUGUAUGAUUUUUAUAGCGAUGAUGAACUGCAAUGGCUAAUUGAGAUACAGAAGGUAG